AUGAUGCUUGAACGCUUGCUUCUAGUUGGCUUUCUUUUCUAUUUGUUAUCGAUAACAAACUGUCAAUUUAAUAAAGAUGAUUUAACAAAAUUACAAGCAUUCGAAUGUGAUGAACCAUUUGUUACGCUUCAUGUCUUCUCUGGUGCAUCUAAUCCAACUUGGCAGAUUAAUAUCAAACAACUUAUUAAAAUUAAGAAAAUAGCCUAUCGAUCUUUAUACCAAAAUAAUAGCGAUACAUUGUACAGUAAGCCUACAAAGAGAAUUAUGGGCUAUCAUGGAUUCACUGUUAGUUGUUCGUUUAACAAACUUGUUUUUGUCCAUGGCUUAUCUCCAGUUGAACAUUUAUUACUACUUAGUGGUCGUCGUUACCUUUCCGAAUCAGUUAUUGGUCAUGUUAAAGAGCAUAUCGGAGAAAUAAUGUCUGAGAUCACUCCGAUGAAGUCUAAUCAUGCUGAUUGUGAUCAAGUUCCAAUUGUAGGUCCUGAUACUGUACCUGUCUAUGAUCCAAAGUCAGAUGAUCAAGGAUGUUUCAUUAAAAAACAAUCAGAGAACAAUUGCUAUGCUUAUGGUACUGACAUUGUUACAAAUACUUUUCCCCAACCAGGUCGUGGUAGUGGAAGGAAAUGGUCAUUAAAUACAUGUCUAGAUAUGGGAAAUGCAUCUGUUCGCGAUGGCUUAAUAUACAACGGCACACAAUUACCACAGAUUCCACCGAGUGUGGGUCACUUUGCUGCACUCCUGAUUUGGCCAGAUACAAACUUUCAUUGGAUCAGAAUGGAUGCAAAUGGUUAUUGGUCACAUAAACCAGGAGGCACACCAGUUCGCAACGAAGACAACAGAGGAUUACCAAUUACUGAUCCUUCGAAAUCUGAUUUUUCACCAUGGACACAAUUCUGUGCAUACUUCAUUGCACAACCAUCAAAACUUCGAAUUCAAUAA